UUGCCAGACAAGCAGCAUUGAAGCUAUUAUGGAUUGUGAGGCACACUCUGCUACCAUAUCCUGGCAGCCCAGCGUUGGAACCGAGUCCUAUGUUACUGAACUUACAGCCUCAUCAGGCCACAGCACCAGCUGCACCACCAACUACACCUACUGUGAGCUGAGCUCACUGAAGUGUGGAGAGGAGUACAAUGUCUCUGUGAAGGCUCUGGGAGAUACUCGCAACAACACUGCUCAAAUGACAGGAUACCUCACAACAGAGCCCUGUACUCCCAUGAAUCUCUCUGUCCACUACAAUGUGAGCUCAGCCCGGGUGAUGUGGGAAGCAGCAAAAGGUGCCAUCUCUUACUCUGUCCAGGCUGUGACUGACCAAGGCUCGACAGUCACCUGUAACUCCACCAACACCAGCUGCCGCCUGAAUGGCCUGCAGUGUAGUCAGAUCUACAACUUGACUGUGUCGGCACAAAACCUGGCCUGCAACAACACAAAGACGUCUCAACAGUACCGCCUCAUGACAGAGCCCUGCCCACCCACCAAUGUUCAAGCCAACAUGGCGUGUGAGCAACUUUCUGCAACUGUUUCCUGGCAGCAAAGUGACCUGGCUGUGGGUUAUGUUGCCUACUUUAACAAUCAAAAUGGUCACUUUACUUCCUGUGUCGGCUCAGAAACAGAUACUGUCUGCAGUGUCUCUGCACUGAUGUGUGGCACCGUGUACAAUGUCUGGGUGAAGGCAUUGGGACAUCAGUAUAAUAGCUCCCACAGUGCAGUGGUGUCUCUUACAUCAGCUCCAUGUCUGCCCAGAGAGGUGGAGGGAGAGGUCGACUGUAGCUAUGAUGGAGCUGCUGUUGUGUCCUGGAACUCAACAUACGGGACAGCUAACUUUUCCCUGACCGCCGUGGUCAAUGGAAAUCUUCAGACUCUGUGUGCAACUCAGCAGAACAUAUGCAACGUGACGGGUUUAAGCUGUGGGGAAACCUACAACCUCAGCCUCACGGGCAGCAACACACAGUGCAGCCUCACAGCGCCCAUGCACUUCAACCUCACCACUCGUCCUUGUCCUCCUAAGCAUGUAGCUGUAAAUCUCCAGUGUGGCUCCCGCACCGCAGUCCUGUCCUGGGAGGAGAGAUCAGAUGUUGAACUGUAUGUGGCGAGUGCAAUCAAGGCAUCAGGAGGAGAGGUCCAGCACUGUAACUCUACAAACUCUACCUGUCAGUUUUCCAGUUUGGACUGUGGAGAAAUGUACAACUUUACUGCGACAGCACACAGUCAAGGCUGCUCGAGCACUGCCAGCAGUACUGUGUUCAUCCAAACAGAGCCUUGUCCGCCUGUGAUCAUGUCUGCUCAGGGACUCUGUCAGAAUGAGGAGGUUCAGAUCUUCUGGCGUCAAGCACGUGGUGUUGUGAAUUACUUAAUAACAGCCACAGGAAACCUUGGUUAUGUGGAAAGCUUCAAUACAACCCAGAAUCAGCUGUUAACUGCUUUACCAUGUGGACAGGACUACAAUGUCACUGUAAAAGGACAAGGCAGUGAGUGUGACAGCAUCCCCAGCAGCCCUGCAUACUUCAAAUCAGCUCCAUGUAUUCCCCGCCAUGUUACAACCUAUGUUCAGUGUGAGUCCAACAUGGGCUCUGUCAGCUGGGGGCCGAGUGAUGGCGCUGAAACCUAUGUCGCCAUAGCAACAGGGCUUGAUGGCCACACCCACAAGUGUCUUACCAACACCACCUCCUGCACCUGGAAUGACCUGCACUGUGGAGAGGAGUACACUGUCCUAGUGAGAGCUAAGGGCGACAACUGCACCAGUCUGCCCAGCAACAGCACAGUCAUCCAUAUGGAUCCAUGUGUGCCCCAGAAUUUGUCUCCAACUGUGGAUUGUGAUAUGAAAGUUGUUUCUCUGAGCUGGGAUGCCAGUAAUGGAACAAAUCUGUACCUGGUGUCAGCCGAGGGGGGAAACAAAACAAUCGCACUCACCACUAAUGACACCACGGCUCACUUCUCUGAGUUCUCCUGUGGACAAAACUACAGCCUCACAGUCACAUCUCACAGCCAGCACUGUCCUGGAAGCUCGACUACAGCAGGACUUGUACAGAUGUGGCCGUGUCCACCUGCAGGAGUCUCGACUAUGCAGGACUGUCUUUCAGGCAUCGUCAUGGCAACCUGGCAGGCCAGUAAUGGGUCAGACUACUACACAGCCACCAUGCAGACUGAUACUGGCAUCUCCAUAAUAUGCAUGUCAGACACUGAUGAAUGCAGCGUCACCGGCCUGACCUGUGGGCAGUACUACUCUGUUUCUGUCACAGCCUCCAACCAGCAGUGUAACGUCACCUCCAGAGAGAACACGACGCUGCAGUCAGUGCCAUGUGUCCCCACUAACGUGGCAGUGCUGAUGGACUGUGAAAACAACACUGCUGUCAUGUCCUGGUCCGCCAGCCGUGGUGCCGUAAAGUACUCAGUGACAGCCAUCAGUAGCCAUAACAAUGUCAGCUGUCUGAGCUCUGACCUCAGCUGUAGCCUUGGCAACCUUAGAUGUGGCAGCCGUUACACAGCUCAGGUGGUGGCUAUGGACGACAAUUGCUCAAGUAUCCCCAGCCAGGCGGUGAUGUUCAACUCAGCUCCAUGUCCGCCAGAGAAUGUGAGUGCCGAGGUCAGCUGUUGGUCGAAUAGCAUGAAUAUUUCUUGGGAUGCCAUGAGAGAAGCAGACCACUAUUUGGUGUCAGUAAUUGCUGACAGUGGAGGAAACCAUGAGUCAUGUAACACUACAGACACUGCAUGCUCCAUCAGUAACGUGACAUGUGGGAAUACAUUCAGUGUUCAAGUCAGCUCCAUCAGAGGCUCCUGUCGCAGCCAGCACAGUCACACCCACAACAUCAUGUCAGCUCCCUGCCAGCCUCAGGGCAUCAGAGGCACCCUCGACUGUGUGACUAAUUCUGCCCAGAUAUCCUGGGACGCUGCUCCAGGGGCGGACAGCUACUCUGUGUCAGCUGUAGGUGAAGAGGGCUAUACAGCAAACUGCACCACCUCCUCCAACACUACCUGUGAGGUGGAAGACCUGGGAUGUGGCAUUCUUUAUAACUUCAGUGUUAUUGCUAAAAACAGCAAGUGUGGCAGCCAGCCCAGUGAAAUCAUCGACUUACAGACAGCCCCCUGCUCCCUUGCUGGUAUCACAGCAGUCCCUCAGUGCCACAAUUCCUCCAUCCUGGUCAUAUGGGAUCUGAUGGAGGGCAGCGGGGGAGACACUGUGUAUACUGCCACAGCAGAAGCCAGGGACCAUACCUACUUACACUGCAACAACACCGGCACCAGCUGCUACCUCCAUGGAGCAAGAUGUGACCUCCAAUACACCAUCAUUGUGUCUGCUUCAUCAGACCAGUGCAGCAGUAUGAGGAGUCCCCCGUACAGAGUCAGCAUGGAGCCAUGUCCACCCAGGAACCUGAUGGUUAAUGCCUCCUGUGAGGACCACAGUGCACUGGUGUCCUGGAGCCCCUCUCCUGUUGCAGAAACGUACCAUGUGGUGGCAACAGGAGUAGAUGGACAUGUGCAUUCUUGCAACAGCACCGACAGUAACUGCAGCUUGUCAGGACUGCACUGUGACCAGCAGUAUACAGUAUCUGUGACGGCCAGCCAUGAGAACUGCACCAGCAAAGCCAGUGAAAACAGCACACUCACCACAGGACCCUGCCAGCCUGAUGGUCUCUCAGUCACAUUCAACUGUACCAAUCAGUCUGCUUUGCUGUCAUGGCAACCCAGAGAUAACGCUGCAUACUACCAUGGAAGUGCCCAGGCUGAAAACGGAGACAUGCUGUACUGUCAAAGCUGGACACCAACCUGUACUAUCCAGGAUCUCGUUUGUGGAACAGUUUACAAUUUCUCUGUUCAGGCCUCAGAUGGGACGUGCAACAGCUCCUUUGCUGACCCGGUGCAGAGCGGAGCAGCUCCCUGUCCUCCCGACACCGUUGAGGUGCAGCUGAUGCCGAUGGUGCAGGAGGCCCAAGUGAUGCGCUUCAGUUGGACACAGGCCUUAUGCAACAACACAGAGUACCUGCUGAAGUUAACGGGAAGUCUGCUGGGAGACAGCCAGGCUCAGUUCGAGCUCUACUCCUAUUGGACGAGCGUGACGUACUUUGAGAUACCCCUCCCCUGUGGUUCAUUGUAUACUGCUACUUUGGAGAGCAGGGACGCUGCUGGUACCAGUGACCCCUCUGUGCCACUCAAUGGAACAACAGCUCCAUGUCCUCCAUCAGGAUUGGUGUACAGUGGUAACAGCACCUUUGCCACCGUUUCUUGGAAUGCGUCUGUGUUUGCCACCAUAUACACAGUGUAUGACAGAAGUGUAACACCAAAUAUCCAGCGAUGCAGCACUGCAGGGCUGUCCUGUUCACUGACCAACAGUUCUUACAAUAACCUGGUGAUCACAGCAAGCAACGCUGCAGGAGAAAGUGAAGCAAAGAGUCUCAUGAAUGGUAAGAACUAAUGUGUGUGUGUAUUAGGGCUGUAUAAAGAACUCAUUUUAAAAUACACACCAGUUAGGAUUGAAUCAUAUUUUAUGAAAAUGAAGGCUUUGUUUGACUUAUUUAAGCUUUUUCUCUUUAGCUUUAACGCGCAGAAGGAGAGAUCUCAAGGAAGAAAUGUCAGAUAAUGGAGGCCUCUCUGCUCCCCUGAUGGAGGUCAAACAAGUGACGUCAACAGCAUAUUUCAUUGAGUGGUCUGAAGUACCGGCUGCUUCCUAUUACAGCCUACUGAUCAGGAAGCAAGGCAGCUCCAGCGAGCCUCAGAAGCUGACUGUGUAUGGCGAGAGAAUCUUUGUCGAUGAUCUGAGUCCAAACUUGGCCUACUGUUUCACGCUGUUGGCCCAGAACUCAGUGACAAGUGGACCAGAGUCCGAGCCUGCGUGUGUGCACACAGGACAGGGGCUUGUACAUUAAGAAAACAAGUCUGCACACUCCCUUUAAAAUGUGAUUGAAAUGGCAGAGUGUCUCCUGGUUACAUCUACCAAAUUUCCCACCGGGAUUAAUAAAGUAUUUCUGAUUCUGAUUCACAGUAACUUGUCAUCUGGUAGAACAUUGUUAUCGUCGUUGGUUACUUACAUUUACAAUUCUGUUCAUCAUGAGCUGCAAUUAUUUGAUAUGAAGACGAGGAAAUAUGUUGAUGCUUUUUGUGUAAAAUUGUAAUCUUAUUUGAGGUACUUGUUUCCUUUGGGUUCAGGUUUCAUGGUUUAUUUUGGUAACUCAAAGUUUUCUGUAUUUUAGCGAUCUUAAAGUUUAUGUCAGGGAAUAUUUACGUCAAUACUAUGUACUACCAUACAUAUAAUUUCUGAAUGUAUAUUUAAUAUGGAAGCUUAUUUUCAGACUAUGUUCUAUUAAAACUAUCAAAACAAAUAUUUGCCUCCAGCCUCUG